AGCGGUUCGGAUUCCAUAUUCGAAUUGGCGUAUACGAGUAUACGAGUCGUAGAGUUGUAGAGUUGUACGCGCGUUUCUAUUCGAACAGAGACAGGUUUGGGGCAACGGACGCGCUUACGCAUUUAAUGUUUCGAGUGUUUGGCUGAAAAUCAUCAUCAUCUAGUAUGCGCUCACAGCUGGCCCGGGUCAUCGUUAGAGUUGUUGGUGUCGUCGCCGUAGUUGUUAUUGUUUCUCUCUGCGCCAAUGUUGUGGGGGCGGAGGCUGCUGCUGCUUCUACUGCGCCGCCUGCUGUGGAGGAGGAAGUUCAGACUCCACGCGAUCAAUGCGGUCACACAUUGACGCGCUCCAAGGGGCUUGAUGUGUCUUUUUGGAAGAAGUUCUUCAAACAUUGGAUACCCUUUACGGGCAGUGCACGCGUGAAAAUGCAAUUCUUUCUCUUCAAACGCGAUUUCCCCGAUUGUGGUCGCGAGCUGGUCACGGACGAUGAUGAAAAGUUGGAGCAGUCCGGUUUCGAUGCACGUCAUCCCACUAGAAUAAUCAUACAUGGCUGGAUGAGUCAGAGCAAGGGGUCGCUCAAUCGAGACGUUAAGAAUGCAUAUCUUAGCCUAACCAGACCACAGAAUCGAAGCACGGAAGCAGCACAAGAAGCCCCCAACACAGAAAGCCCCCCAACUGUUGAGUACAGCGACUUCAAUGUGAUCGUCUGUGAUUGGAGCAUGAUAUCAUCGAAUGUCAACUACUUCGGAGUGGCAGAUAUGGUGGAGGAUCUGGGUUUUUUGCUUUCCGAGUUCGUGCGUCAUUUGCACAUGCGUGCGGGUCUGCAUUACGACGACGUCUACUUGAUUGGCCACUCGUUGGGGGCGCAGAUCGCGGGUAGCGCGGGCAAACAGAUUUAUCCCUAUCGUUUUAAUACGAUCUAUGCACUGGACCCGGCGGGACCCAAGUUUCGUGAGCAGAGAGAUGAUUUUCGCUUGGAUGCAAGCGAUGCCCACUAUGUGGAGUCCAUACAGACCAGCACGAACUUGGGCUUUGAAGAGCCCGUCGGUCACGCCACCUUCUAUCCAAACUAUGGCAAAGAUCAGAAGAAGUGCUACAUGUAUGGUUGCUCCCAUAAGCGCGCCCACGAUUACUUCGCAGAGACCAUAACCAGCUCGAAGGGUUUCUGGGGCACACGUUGUGAGCGGCAAUCGGAGCAUGUGUGGAUCUUGCUCGAGAACGAGGGAGAGUUUCGCAUGGGCGGCGAACCGUCAGUGCCCAAGAAUGGCACGUUCUAUGUGAAGACGCAUGCGAAACCUCCAUAUGCCAUGGGAAGAAGGAGGCGUGUGCAGAAGGAGCCACCAAAUGGGCAGUACGAAGAGCAAACCACCGAGGCGUAGCCAAGAAGGAAGGAAGCUUACUGUAGAAUUGUAAAUUAGUAGAAUAAAGUGGGAAGUAACAAGACAAGGCCUUUAUUGAAGUAUGCUUGCAAAACAUUCUAUGCAUAUUUUAAAUUCAAAACAUCUGAAAACCGCAAGUGCUGGACAUUAAAAUCUGCUAUUUGUUAAUAUGAUCUGAGCAAUAGUGUGGAUAAUACUUUUUAAAUAAUGCUAUAAAGUUGGGAGCAAUGAUGUCCAUAUUAGUGGCUGAUUAAAAAGUGGCUGAUUAUUAAAGCAUUAUUACUGCUA